AUGAAGCACGAAGGAGGAGUCGAUUUUUCCGACGGUUCAAGCCUUCAAUUGGGGUUGUGGGGGUUGAGAAGGGUAGCAACAAUCAAAGAGGUUCUUCGACAGGGGAAGGAGACGAACGGGAUGACAGUCAUUAAGAGGGUUGUGAAGGGGUAUCAGGAUAAUACAACAACAAUUUUGGGGGUGUUUGACAGCGGGUGCUCGGUGGAAAUAGGCGGAGACAGUGAACAAACGUCUGGUAGAAGGAGAAGGGAAACAUCUACCACAUUCCAAGAACGCAGAAGCAAAGCAGGAUCAGUUGGCUGUACAACCUUUCCGUCGUUUGUUGAUUCACCGAUUUUGUCUCUUAAGAUGGCAAAGGCGUUAUCUAAGAUGGUCUUAAAUGGGAUUGUAUCGUUCAAAUCUUCUCGUGCAACAUCAAUGGCUUCUGGAUCAUUGUAUCAUUAUGGAAUGGGAUUCUCAACAACUGCACCCAAUGAUCCUGAUACACAUGAUGAUUUUAAGCCAACUAAUAAGCUUGAGAAUUCAGGAGUCACUCUGAAAGACAUCGUUGAACAGGAUGUGAAGAACAACCCUGUGAUGGUUUACAUGAAAGGUGAUCCUAAUCGCCCUCUCUGUGGAUUCAGCUCACUAGCAGUCAAAAUCUUGCAAGAAUACAGAGUUCCCAUAAGUUCCAGGAACAUAUUGGAAGAUUCUGAGCUUAAGAGUGCUGUAAAAGCUUUCAGCACUUGGCCGACGUUUCCUCAAAUAUUCAUCAAUGGAGAAUUCAGUGGAGGGUCGGAUAUUAUCCUUGACAUGCAUAAGAAGGGUGAGUUAGAGGAAAAGCUAAAGGUAGCAGUUGCAUCAAAGCAGUGACCGGUCUUAAUAUAGAGUCCUUGUGUUCAAGUUGUUAGAUAUUUGUAUCAGAUAAAGUGUAAAGUUUUUUUUUUUUUUUUGGUUGUUUUUAUAAAGCUGUUAUUUUAAUGUUUAUUAAACCAUUGUACUUUCAAAGUACAAUGCUUAUAUAAGAAAAGAAAAGAAAGAAAAUAUUAAGAAUUAGAAA